AUGCCCAUCCCCUGGGAAAUCCACCAAGCCUUCGCCGAGCUCGCCGAGGAGCUGUCCUUCAUCGAAGUCAUGCAAAUAAUCAUGCUCUUCGUGCAACUAAGCCGCAAGUUCUGCCUCCAAGGGUACUACGACUUCGAGGACUUCGUGCUGGACACGUACGACGAGGUUUGGGCCCGAGACCCGUCCCUCGCGCGAAGCGGCGUGGCGCUGGUCGGGUUGAACGUGCUUGUAGGUGUCUUGAUCAAUCUGCCUCGGCCCGCGGCUUUAAUGGUCGGUGUUGCCCUGGCUUGCGAGAUGGUAAGGCUCGUGCGGGGGGAUUUCUAUGAGCCUGAGGAUGAGGAUGAGGAAGAGUGGGUUUAUGAGAACGGCGAGUACGAUGAGGACGAAGGUGAGUACGAGUUCGGUGAGGAAGGAUGGGACUACGACUACGUUGAGGAACGAUUAGACGAUUAG